AUGUUCGCCUCGUCGCUCAUGUCGCGCUGGCUCCUGCAGUACUCCCCCCUCGCCGUCCUCCUGCGGCUCCUCAGCCUCAGUAUAUUACUGUCGUUCCUCUGCCUGCAGAUCUUCCGGCUCAGCCACGCCACGCAACCCGCCCUGCACCUGCUCAGCCGGUCGCUGCUGUGCUGGAUCUGCGUGUCGGUCGUGCUGAUGAUGGUGUAUUUCGCCACGCAGCAGGACAUUGACAUCACGACGCGCGGCACGGACGGGUACCGCGACGAUCGGCGGCGGAGGACGGUGUUGAGGCUCAAGUGCCUUUACGUGGUCAGUGGGUGUAGUUUGUUUAGUUUGGUGGUUGUGCUGGGGAUUCUGCAUCUGGACACGAUCCCGUCGCUGGACUGGGAGGACGUGCGAUCUAAUUUGGCAAAAUUGGGUGGUGAGAUUUGGGGUCAGGGGAAGAACGUCUUGUGGAGCACAGGGAGGGAGAGGGAGUUGUGA